AUGCUGGCCGCGAAUGAUCUUCCUCCAAAUCGACGAGCUCCAGUUCGAAUCGACGCCCAGGACGGCCCUUGGAGCGUCAGUGUUGCUGAAUCGCCGCACGAUGCUCGUUCAUACAGUCUUUACAUAAAGACUCCCACUCACAACAUCACUCUCACCCGAACGGCCAUGGAGAUCGUUGAGCUCGACAGCAAGCUCCGCGAAUCGUUACCCGGAGCUAAACUCCCCAUACUUCCUAUCGACGCUGCUGCUGCAGUAGCGCCCAAACGUAAAUCAACAUUCCUUAAUACCCUUUCCCGCCUUACUUCCCCCACCGCCGGCAAAGGUGGUCGGAACAACUCAAUCCGGCGUUCCAAUAACGCUAGUUCAAUUAUCGCCUCUCCUGUCGCUUCCCCCUCAAACGAGAAAAACGACCCGUUUCUGUCGUUUACACCAAGCGCCAUCAACGCCACUCUUCCUACUACAGUCAACAGUACAGCUGUCGCAGCUUACCUCACGACCAUUUCAAACACCCCUUCGCUGCGCCAGGCACGCGUGUGGAAGCGUUUCGUCCGCGUUCGCACGGAUGACCUGGAGAGUGUGCGUGUGGAGCGAGCCAUCAAGCAUGUUAGGUCUGAUCUUGCUGCUCACGUGGGGUUGACGAAGGAUAAGGAAAAUACCAUGCCAAGUAUUCGUGACUCGGAGGACCCUAUAGAAAAUGGAAGCAUACACGAUGAGAAGCUUCCGACGCAGGACGCCGACCACGAGACUGUAGGCGACGAAGGUGGUGUGACAUCUGAAGAGAAAAGUCCGGAGCGCAAGGAUGAUGCACCCGUCGAGAAUGACGUUACGACAUUGGCUGUACCAUCCGUCGAGCCAUCUGCUACUCCGAAUGAGAAGCAACUGGUGACCACGGAAAUAGAGACACCCUGUCCCUCUGAGGAAGAUGCCCAGAAAACUCCUGUAUUAGAGGGUUCCACUAAUCGAAUACCCCGUUCACGUUCCGCAGACCCCGACAAGUCGAGACGCCUUGUUCGAACAUUUACGUCGUCGACAUCGAACCAAGACGGCACUUUUUCUCAGACAGAAACGGGGGACGACGAGUCUUCCGCGUCGGCGAAGGAAGAGAGUAACAGUCGUCGACGUAUGCGAAAGAAGCGAUCCAUGUCUAUCGAUCCCGCGCUGAAGAAAAAGUCACAGAGGAAGGUUAUUAUUGAUGACUUUGAGAUGAUGCGGGUUCUUGGGAAAGGAUGUGCUGGGAAGGUGCUCCUUGUGAGACACAAGUCGACGCAGGACUUAUAUGCCUUGAAGGCGAUCACGAAACGCCACGUGCUGGCCCAUCAGGAGCUGCAGCAUACGCUUACAGAACAGGCCGUCUUGAAGAAAAUGGCUGCCGAAGCGAAAGACCCCUUUGUGGUCAAAUUGUGGUGGAGUUUCCAUGAUAAAGAGAACCUUUUCUUGGUCAUGGACUUCCACCCUGGUGGUGAUCUGGCUACUCAAUUAGCGCGAUGGGGUCGACUAGGUCGAGAUCGUGCUCGGUUCUACGCUGCCGAAAUUGUGGAGGGCGUUGAAGGUCUACACGCAGCAGGAAUUAUCUACCGUGAUCUCAAGCCUGAGAAUAUCCUUAUUGGCUCUGAUGGGCAUAUUGUCCUCACUGACUUUGGCCUCUCGAAAGAGUUCCCGAGGCAUUCCGCUGCUGCAACCGCGCCUCCUACGCCUUCCGGCUCGCGUGGCGAAUUUUACUCUGCUUCUUCCGGGCCGUCACAGCCACCGACUCCUCCAUGGAUGAAGACGGAGAAGGGUGGCGAACUUGCUGCUGGAUGGCCUGGUCCGUCGGUAGGACAGAACGAUAGUACCGCCACAUUCUGUGGGACAGCGGAAUAUCUUGCUCCUGAGGUCAUUCAAGGCUUAGCCUACAGCUAUGAGAUUGACUGGUGGAGCUUCGGAACGAUGUUAUACGAAAUGUUGACUGGUAUUACACCUUUCUGGGCGAACAACCAUGCCGACAUGUAUGUGCGAGUGUUGCAAGAUGACCUUCAUUUCCCUGAUGACAGGGCAAUCGAUCAAGACACGAAGAGUUUGAUUCGCGGUCUCUUGCAACGCAAUCCUGGGCUUCGUAUCUGUGAGCCUCGGAUAAAGCGGCAUCCUUACUUCUCGAUGAUAGAUUGGUCUCAUGUGUAUUACAAGCGCUAUAUACCCCCGUACAUUCCUCCCAUCGACCCCUUGAAUGCUAGUGAUACGCAGAACUUUGAUGACACCUUCCUUGACAUGGAGCCUGUUCUUGAUGAAUUCAACGAGAACGAGCAGACUGAUGAUGAUCAAGAACACGAGCAGACGGACACGGAUCGAACAGAUGGAGAGGAGACCACUACUACUCCAUCGCAAUCACGCAGCUCGUCGAUAGCACCGCAUUCGCAGCCCGAAGAUGAUUCCGUCGACGUCUUUGAUGGAUAUUCGUUCAAAGGCCGGCACUCUGUUGUCAUCGACGAUGAGGGCGAUGAAGUGGAGGUGUCUAGCAGUGAGAGCGAGACGGACGAAGAGGAGUUGGUGCCAGAAGAGGUUCUUCCUGUUCUUGAGCCUGCUCUUGAGCCUGAGACGCCCAAGCCUGAGACGGAAAUGGUAUUUGAUGAGACAGAGGCGGAUCUCGGAGAACCAAAAACACCAGAGGCUCGUCCGAUGGUAUUAGCACCGGAUGAUACGGACGUCUCGAUGCUUCCUCCUCUACCUCAAUCGCCUGUAGGACCCUCGCCACCGCGUCCAGAAGAAAGUGUGGAACCUACCCCCGAGCCAACACCUCAACCGCCAGACGCCAAAGCCCGGAAGAGCAAAGAAUUGGACGCCGAGAAGGACGUCAAGGUCAAGCUCGCGCCAGCUUCAAAGCCGGCACCAAAGCCGAACAGUCGCGUCUCGCGUGCUCCCCGAAGAGAAAAGUCAGGUGUGGCCGCUCUGGACCGGUACCUUUCCGAUGGUGGCGACGAAGACACGACCACGGACAGAUUCGAUGAUGAUGAGGAUGAUGAUUGGGACUUUGUCGAAGCGGGAGAUGGCGAGGACCGGAAUGGGACGAAGGGCACGAGUUACUUUGCUCGGGGAGUUGUGGAUCGAUACAGGUUGGCGGUGUUCCGCAAGGCAUCAACGCCGUCGCAUCGUUCCGUGGGGAGGUCCUUCUCUGGCGUAUCGAAAGCCUCGACGGAUACCAGUACCACUGUCGAAUCGCCCAGCCCGACACAGCGGAGAGGAAGAAACCAGGGUUUGACGUUCCGUAAACACCCUCGGCAGUUCCUGCGACCCAAGUCUCCACCUUCGUCGUAUUCCAGCAAGUCUGGCAAGUCGUUGAACCCAUCAGCUUCUGCUACUCUGACUGCAUCGUCGAGUGCGGGGUUGCUGACGCCGUCGCCGUCGAUGUCGAGCUCUAUGGUUGGCUCGCAUUCUUUGAAGUCGAAGGAGUCAGCGACGUCUGUCGGUAACCAGAGCCUCUCGGACCAAUCGGUCAAUGGUGCUGAUUCGGGUAAUCCGGAUCCGCACAGUGCGUCGGAGGCUACGAGGUCUGACGGCCCAGAGAAGAAGACCAAAAAGCUAAAGAAGUACAAGGAAAACGCAGAGAGGGUGUUCUCGCUGUUCUCGUCUCCUCGUCAACCGCAAUCCCAAUAA